AUGGGCGUUGAACUUACCUACCAGGAUGUUGCUGAGCACAACACCAAGAAGGACAUCUACAUGGUGAUCCACGACAAGAUCUACGACGUUACCAAGUUUGUCGAUGAGCACCCCGGUGGCGAGGAGGUUCUUCUUGAUGUCGGCGGUCAGGAUGCCACCGAGGCAUUCGAAGAUGUUGGCCACAGCGACGAGGCCCGCGAGACCCUGGAGCAGCUGCACAUCGGUGAGCUGAAGCGCCAGCCCGGAGACCCUGCCCCUAAGAAGCAGGCCGCCGCCACCAGCUCAGCCAGCAGCACCGAGAGCGGUGGCUUCGGCAUCGGCCUGUACGCCGUCCUCCUCAUCGGCGGUAUCCUCGCCUACGUCGGUUACCAGUACCAGCAGCAGCAGCAGCAGACCUCCGCAUAA